CCCCUGGCAUACCACUCGGCUCGGCUCGGCUCGGCUCGGCUCGGCUCGGCUCGGCCCGCCCUGCUGCGAUGGUAAUGAGCUUUCAAAAUGGCGGAGGAGUGAGGCCGUGUGUGCGAGUGGCUGCGGCAACGAAUGGAUUUUCGUCGUGAAAUAUGCCAAGGAAAAGAAAUGGCGAGAUACCGCUGCCUGAAGGAUGGGAUUUUGCCCGGGACUACGACGGCAAAGUGUAUUUCAUCGACCACCAUAGCAAGAAAACGACGUGGAUCGACCCGAGGGACAGGAUAACAAAGCCGCAGACAUUUGCAGACUGCAUAGGCAACGAGUUGCCACUAGGCUGGGAAGAGUCAUACGAUAACCAAAUAGGCGUGUACUACAUCAACCAUGUCAAUCAGUGCACGCAGCUCGAGGACCCGCGCCUGGAAUGGAGGGCGAUCCAGGAGGCGAUGCUGCGGGACUAUCUGCAGACGGCGCAGGACGUGCUUGAGGCCAAGAAAGAAAUCUUCGACGUCAAGCAGAGGAGGCUGUACCUCGCCCAGGAUGAGUUCAACCACCUUAGCGAGCAGCUCAACUACUCGAGGACAAGUUUGUGUUCGAGCUCGAGCUCGGUCAGUACUAAGUACGACCCCGACCUCCUCAAGUCGGACGUCGCCCUGGCCCAGAACCGCGUGUCGCGGCUCAAGCGGGAGCUGGAGCAGAUCCGCGCGGAAGUGACGAGCACGCAGCGGGGGGUGGAGAACCUGGCAUCGGUGGAGCAGAAGCUGAGCGGGUCGCAGGGAGGAUGCUACAACAUCCAGGAGGCGCAGGCCAUCGUGGCCGAGCUCCGCAACAUCCAGAAGUCGCUGAUGAGCGGCGAGAAGGAGAAGGCGGAGCUCAUGCAGUCGCUCGCCAAGCUCAAGGACGACCUGACGCGGCUGCAGCUGAGCGAGAGCUCGCCCGACGUGUCGACGCUCAGCCUGCCCAACGAGAAGCUCAGCACGGCCAGCCAGACGGACUUGUCCGGGGAGCUGGUGCCCAUGGGCACGCGCCUGGCCGAGAUGGCGCGGAUGCGGCUGCAGUACGACGAGGCGCGCAAGAGCAUCCAGCAGAUCCAGCAGAAGCUGGCCGACCUGGAGGAGAAGGUGAUCCCGGGCCAGGCCGAGUCGGACCAGGACCGGCUGCUGCUGUUCCAGGAGAAGGAGCAGCUGCUGCGCGAGCUGCGCUCCAUCACGCCGCGCACGCACGCGCUCACGCCGCGGCAGAUGUCGGAGAUCCAGCAGGAGAUCGGGCGCGUCAAGCAGGACCUCAACAACGCGCUCGAGAUGUCCAACCGCACCAUCGCGGAGCGCGUCCGGCUGCACGAGGAGAAGCAGCAGCUGCUGCAGGAGCUGCGCGACGUGCUGCGGGCGAUGACGUCGCUCGAGUCGCAGCUCAAGACCAUGUCGGCGAGCACGCUGUCCGUGUCGUCGAGCUCCAGCCUCGGCUCGCUCAGCACGACGAGCAGCAAGGGCUCGCUCAGCAGCGGCCUCAGCUUCACGGACAUCUACGGCGGGCCGCAGUGCGGCGGCGGCGUGGCGGCCGUGGCCGACAAGCCCAUCAACAUGGCCGACCUGCACCGGCGCGUCGAGCGCCUGCUCAAGGAGUCCGGGUCGCCGACGCUGUCGCCGCGGUCCUCGCUCGCCUCCGUGUCGCCGCCCGUGUCCCCGGUGUACAACCCCGCGACCGGGCCGCCGCCCGCCUACGAGCACGUGGAGCGGCAGCGGCGCCAGCUGCAGCAGCAGCAGCACCAGCUCCUGCAGCAGGCCGUGCAGGCCCCGGGGCUGAGCGGCGACGAGGCCGCCGUGCCGCUGGACAGGACGCAGCUGGAGAGCCGCCUCGCCGAGCUGCGGCUCAACCAGGCCGGCGUCAACGACUAUGUGAACUGUGUGGUGAACUCGCGGGGGGAAGUCCUGGAGCCGCUGGAGGCGCGCGCGGGCGCCGCCGCGGGGCCCGGCCUGCGCAGGCCCGGCUCCAGCUCCAGCCUCGCGCCCCUCGAACCCCCCUUGUCCCCCAUCUCGGAGACGCCCACCUCGUCCGGCACCAACACCCGGUCGGUGUCGGCCGCCGUCAGCGACGAGUCGGUCGCGGGUGACUCCGGGGUGUUCGAGGCGUCGCACAAGAAGAUGCAAGGGCCUGCGGGUAUGGUGCUCUGCGACAUGAACUUGGAGACAGCCCAGGUUCAAAUCAAAUUAAGGUACUCGCUUUGUGAUAGUCUACUUCAUGUUGGUAUUGAACGAGCACGAAACCUUGCUGCCCUCUCUAUUCCAGAGAACUGUUUUGUACAUAUCAAAGCUGCUCUUCUCCCUUCAUCCUCCCCAGCAACAUUGGCUUGCUGUACAAAAUCUGUGGCUGACUUACGAAAGCCUACUUUCGGAGAAAAUUUUCCCUUAUCUGUUCCACUUAGCAAACUCUGUGCUAAGACCCUCCAGGUCCAUGUGUGGUGUGCUAGCAACUUUCAACCAGAGGAAUGCUUGGGCUGUGCUCAAGUUAGCCUGGCUGAUUUCAACCCCGACACGGUAUCCGUGAAGUGGUACAAUAUUCUUAGUUUCCGCUUUAUGUCGCCAAGUACUCUUAACAAGGCAUCUUCAAGCAACAACUCUGCAAACUCGAACCCAUCUGUUUUGGGGGCUGUCACUGAGCAUAGUUCUCAACAGAAAGAAGAGAGUUCAGAUGAAUCAACUAUAAUUUCCAGUCAAACAUCAACACUUACUAGAAGCCAAGGUAAUCCUACAGUUUGCACCAGGCUAGAUGAGCUGGCUGCAUGCUUGCGGAGUCAAGAUGAAGAAGAAAUUGAGGAUGAAGAGUGUGAAGACAAUGUUCAAAAUGAUAGACUAGACCCUUCACUUCCCACUGAAACUUUAGAUCAAGUGCCAGAGGUCUGUGAAAUUGACACUGAAGACAAAGAAACUAACACUGAAUGUGUGUUUCUACCUGAAAAAGGCAACAAGCGACAAGAAGAUAGUCGAACAGCUAUGGUGAUCAAACGCUCUCAGACUUUCUCACCAAGUGCUGCUGUAUCCAAAUCUCAAUAUGUUUGCCGAUUAAAUCGCAGUGAUAGCGAUAGCGCUAUGCCUUUGUACCGAAGGCCUAGCUGUUCAAGUGGUCUUAGCCGGCCAUUCCAACGGAAUUCUGUUGAACGUCGUUCUCUCAGAUGGAGGCGGUCACCAUCCUCCUGCUCACAGUUAUCAUCCGGUCAUCCAUCAAGUCAUCAUGACCGGAGCCAACCUCAUACCACUGCCCCUCGUACCUCUCUCGAUCUGGAGCUUGAUUUAAGAGCUCAGCAUACUCGUUUGGAAACCCUUAAGGACGAGCUAACCCGCCUGAGAAUGCUUAAAACUCAGCUGGAGGAAGCUCGCUCACGAGGUGAUAGUGAACUUGCUGCUUGGGUUUUGGAAGACAAACAGUUCCAAAACCUCAUCGCUCAGGCUGAAAUGGGAAAGAAUAGCAAGAACCUAGACGACCGCAAGGUUGAAAAGCUGCUAAAUAAGACCAGCAAGGAAAUUUACAAGCUACGCAAGAGUAAAGCUGGUGUUGGGAGACCGGAUGUCAUUUCAUUUAAGCAAAAGAUGGCCUUCUUUACUCGGGUUAACCUUACAGUCCCUGUGUUGCCCUCUGAGGAUGGCAGUCUACAUGCAGAUGACUUAGAUGAAAGUCGUUCAGAGAGUAGUACUUUAAAGAGAGGGACCUCUUUGGGUGCUGAAGAAGAAGAAGAGGAGGAGGAGGAUGUGGAUGUGGAUGAGGAGGAACAGGUUGAAGAUUGUGAUUGUAGUAAUAGUGGUGAAUCUACUGAAAGGCAAGUUGAAGGCCAAGAAAGUAAAGACCCUACGGAGGGGGAAAGAUUUGAGUAUGUUGUGGAUCGAGUGUUUGGAGUUGAAGUGUAAACUGUGCAUGUUGUGGCAAGUUGUCUUCUCUGUGAUGUGGUGUCUGUUUCUGUAGCUGGUGCUUUUAAGAUUGCUCAAAUCUUUCAGAGAGCACUAUUUUGCAAUUUCUGUUUAGGUCAAGUGUGUCAAUAAGUCACAAUAUAUUUUUUUUUUUUGCAUCAAAUGGAAGUGUUUCAUUACAGGGCUGAUUCAAGUUUGUAGUUUUUAUCUUGUGAUUUUUCACUCCUCUGAUAUUUUUUAAAUUACUGUAUGUAAUCUAAAGACCUAGUCUGGACUUCCUUUGGCAGUAAACUGCAACUUUUGUUGUCUUUUUCUGUUAACUACCUAUUUAGAUUCACUGUGGUGUGUUCAUUUUCAAGCAUAGUACUUGUGUGCUGAUGCUAAAUGUGGAUGCACCUUGAAUAGGGACUUUGGCUGGGCAUGAAAAUUUUAUCUCUCUGACCUGGCAGCACUGGUCUAAAGUAUCAAAAUUUAUUCAUUUCUGUUCUCUUUCCUUUUUUGUUUGUUUGUUUGGUUUGUUAUGUGCCAGUUAUUGUUAUUACAAGUACUGGCAGUUCUAGAGACUAGCUGACCAUGGUCCAUUGUUUUAUGUGAUAGAAGGUUAAUUAGUGAUUUUCAUUGUGCAAAUACAUGACUUAAAUCAUAAUCUAAAACAAUAUCAACUCUGGUGCUAUUUUCAUCUUCCACUUUUAAAUGUUAUAUUUUUUAUAAAGUUUUAGGAUAUUGUGCAGGGCUAAAUCUAUUAAUAUGGAUUGAAUUUUAUUUGUGUAUUUUAUUGGUUAUGUAAUAUUUAUCUAAUAUUCUAAAAAGACAGUCAGGAAAGUUUUUAUUUAUACAUAUGUAAAUAAUAGAACACCUGCACCUUUUUUUCAAGUGCUAUUUGGUGCUUUCAGUUUAAAGUUCUGAUAUUUCUUGUUGUUGGCUCAUUUGAGUCUUCUUUUAUAGGAUGCUACAUCUUGUAGUAUAUCAGUUUUUAACACUCACAGCAACUUCAUGUCUCUUACAAAAGUAUUUGACAAAUUCGAAUUCAGCUGACAAAUGGUGCUCCUUUGCCCACCGAUAUUAUCUUUUCAUGCAGUAUUUAUUGCUUUGCAUCAUGUUAGCUCAAUUUUGAAAAAUUAAAGCAAAAUAUUCCUAUUUUUUUAUCUGCUGGAGUGAGUGAAAGCUCAUACUUUGGUGCUAUUUUAAUCUAACUGAGCAUUUGUGAUAUUUCUGUAUUAGCAGUUUCUUCAGAAGUCUUUCUUCACUCGUUUCUUUGUCUGCCUCUUUCUAAUAUUUUUGUGACCUAAAUUUAUGAUUGCCUAGAAGGGCGUAUUUUACAUUGCUAUGUGCCAUUGAAUAGCUCUGCCAAGCUCCUGUUAAUAUUCAUACCACAUAAAUUUUGGUUCAAUACUUGUAUUUGAAUUAUUAUUAUUUUUGAUUCUGAGUGCAUGUCCUAAGCUGCGUCCAGACAAGAGGGUCGCUUGGGUUGCUUGGGUCGCUUGGGUCUCUGAGCCGGCGCAGAAGCCACGUUUUGGUUCUCUGCGCAGACCUCAGAGACCCCACAGCGACCCAAACAACCCAAGCGACCCAAGCGACCCUCUUGUCUGGACGCAGCUGUAAACUUGCUUCCAUUGAACUUAAAGUUUUGUCAGGUGACAUACAUAUCUUUUCAAUUACUUGUUUCAGUCAACUCAAAGUUUGUGCGAUGAAUUGACUUACUAAAUCCAGUUAGACUAUUUUUAUAAAAAUUUUACAUGUGUGACAUCUGACUUUAGUGUCUCUUCUUGUAUCGGAAUCCAUUUUGUUUCUCUAGGUCUGUUACAAUGGUGUCCACAAAAUUGUACAUUACUCUGCAAGCUAUAAUUAUUCUGAUGUAAGUCAGUACCAGUGGCCAGUGUGAAGGAUAAUUAACUAACUGUAGAAAAAGUUUGAGGGUGGUUUUUAACUUUAUUUUUCCUAUCACAACCAGGUAUUAUCGUAUGUUAUUUUGGAAAUGAUUGUAAGAUGCAUUUGGGUAAAGAACAUUGUAGCUCUUGCCACUUCUGUGUCAAUGCACAGUGGCACAUCAAUUUGCAGUUGGGAGUGUAUCGCUAGGACUGUUGCCCUGCAGUCUAAUAGGCUGCAAAUUAACCUCAAGAUAGAUAAUUACAUAUACGUAAAAGAAUAGGGCAUUGCUCAAAUGGUAUACGUAAGUUAGUAGAGGGUUGUGCAGAAUUUAAGUACAAACCACAAUCUGGCUGUUCUCUUAUGAGCUGCCUUUGAUGCCAUCAUUGUUUGCUUCUAAAUAAUUUAACAUGUACAGUAGAAUAUUACUUGUUAUUUAAUUUUGAUAGUGACUAUUAUUGUGCCUGUUAAUCUGUCAAUAUUUAUGUACAGACAUCAUUGUAUAGAUCUAAUUUUGCGAUAGAUUGCAAUAUGUUUUAUUGAUUUUGUGAAUCAUCCUGCUGUACCUUAGUACAGUAACCAGUUUUGGAUUUCAGUACAGAUGAAAGCAAUUGGUUAUUAUGUCUUCCCUCGGAAUAAUAUUCAGCCUCGGCAACACUGCAGUUAGUUAUUUCUAAUUUUUUAAAUAUAUUGUCAGUUUCACUUUACUGCUGAGCAAACACAUACUACAUCUCUGUUAAUUAAAUUUACUCUGUCUUGUUUGAUUGACAGCCAAUCCGGCAUGCGGGACAUUGAAAGAUGUUAUAGUGCCAAAUGGCCUUGCCUCUUUCAUCUCCCUCACUCUGAAUUGGGAUUCAAUGGUGCUUUAUGGGAAUAGAUGCAUGACAAACCUUUAAAAAUAACUGCCUGAUUCAUUUGUACCUAUUUAAUUCCUUGAAGAAAACGGUUAUUGUCUUGAUGUGAAAAUUAUAAAACAUAGAUGGUAAUUCUUUGUUUUAAAAAGGUUAUACCAUCCUAUUGUUGGGCAUCAAAUUGUAUCAUAUGUACAAAUUAUAUUGCUGUCAUCAAUUUUUUUUUUUCCAUAUUCAAUUUGAAAUGUAUAAGACUUUUUAUUUAAGAUAUAAGAUCCCAUGUGUUAUAUGAAUCAAUAGCAUUGAAAAAUGCUGUUCUGAUUAUAAAAAUUCUAGUUUGGUACAGUUGACUGUUGAAAGUAGAAACAUAAUUUAUGAUUAAACAAAGUAUUUUUUACAAAA